AUGUGCAGCAUAGCGGUUAGCAUCGAGAGGAGCGUACAAGAGUCUCCUUUCGCUGCUAACUGCUAUGCUCCACCGCCGCUUCGAGCCCAGCCGCCUACUGAAGUGCAACGAGCUGUGGUCAUAAAUGAAGAGGAGAAAUCCAUUGUGCUUGGAUUCAGGGUCGAGUCUCGGGUUCUAACCCCGAUAGAUCCAAAGGAUUUUGAAAAAUGGAGAGAAGCAGCAUCAAAGCAUCAACGUUAUCGAAAAUCACGCGCAAGAUAA